AUUGAACCGACAAUGAAAUAUUCGAGAAUAAUUGGAUGAGAAUAAAAUUUGAGUAAUUUCUGUUAACGAUAUUUGAUCGUCGCUACUGAGUAUUAAUAUAGCAUUGGAGAAUAUUUUUAAAUUGAAGUAAUACAGAUUAUGGAGUCAAGAAAAGUUUGGGACAGUGAUGGUAGUGUAAUGACCAACGUACUCGUGUUAUCUGAUAGUUGAUGCAAGUAUCAACUGAGAAUCAACAACUUAAAUUUCGAGAAAAACACCAGGACAAUGUGAGAAAGUCAAAUGCUUGUCUUGGUCUGCAGCGACCAACCCCUGCUAAUUAUGAUAAGUCUGUCGAUAUUGUGCAUUUUAAUUGGAUCACUGGGGACUGCUGAUGGAUACUUGUGUCCUGUCCUCUGCAGUUGUAAGCACGUGGGACCCCAAAAUGAAAGACUCAGAGUUAGAUGUAACAAGGAUAUUGACGAUAUUAAGGAUAUUCAUAUCAACGCUGUCGGCAUUGACCUUUAUUAUUUGGAUUUAAGUAAAAACAGGAUUUAUGUCAUUGAGCAAGGAAUAUUUCAGAAUUUGACGAAUCUAAAACGCUUGGAUCUUUCUAUGAAUAAAGUGACAACCUUGAACGAUGGCUGUUUUACUGGGUUGGACAGCUUAGAGCGAUUAGAUCUGAGUAAAAAUCAAAUUGCCUCCAUUGAUUCUUCAGUCUUCCGACAUUUAUCCAAUCUUAAGAAACUUGACUUAUCUGGUAAUAAAAUAAGCGCAGUGAAGGCAAAUUUAUUUCAUGACCUGCUGGCCCUCGAACGCCUAAAACUUAAUGGGAACCUUCUAAAAACUCUCUCUGAGGAAAACUUCCACGGACUAAAAUUUCUACACCAACUGGACCUGAGCAACAACCCAUGGAAAUGUGACUGCCACCUGUACUGGAUAAGCAACUGGAAAAAUACCUCUCUCUUCCGAUUAAACUCCACUCCUACCUGUGACUCUCCGCCGUCAACGCGCGGCCAACCAAUCCUCGACAUUCAUUCCUUGGAAGAUGGUCAAUGCCAAUUCGACUCUCCAGUUCUUCAAAUGCAUCCAGAUCAUAACCAAGUCGUCUUUGCAGGUGAUUCAAUGAGUCUAGAAUGCAGUAUACCUAGCAUAACAGAUGAUAGGAGUGCUCACCUAAACUGGUCAUGGAAUCCCAAUAUCUUCAUGAGUUCGGAUUAUUUCAUAGAUCCGCAGGGUACAUUAUCGAAUGUUAAAGUAGAGAACAAUUACCUCUCCGAUGCUGGAGUGAUCCGCAGCUCUAUCACAAUUUUUCCGGUGAGGAAAGAGCAUAAUGGGCAGUGGAACUGUCAACUGAUCUCAAUAUACGGUACUCAGUCUAAGAGAAUUACCAUGAUAGUAAUAUCAGAAGAUACAAACUAUUGUCCUCUAGUCAUCACGAAAAAUAACAAAGGAGUUUAUGCUUGGCCUCGAACAGUCGUCGGCUGGAAGGUGGAAUUACCUUGCGAAGGAACUGGCGUCUCUACUCUGACUCAACUCCCGGUUCAAGCUUCCUAUCAAUGCAACUCCACGGGUAGUUGGAACGAUCUCAAUACUGAAUCAUGUCCUUUCAUUUCUCCAACAACAAAAGCCCUGGAACAAUACUCGAAGGUCAACCUCUCUCUAACAAAAGGAAAUUUAUUAGAAACAGUAAUGAGAUUCCGAAACCAUACUGGCUAUCCAACCAAGAUUACUGAUCCCAUCGAGAUUCACUUUAUAGCAAAGACAAUCGAGAAUUACUUGAAUUUUUUGAUCGAGGAAAAAGAUCUUGGGGCGAUGUUGGUGGGAAUCAUCAGUUCCAUCAUGGCUUUUCCAAGGCAGAUGUUAAAGGUUUCGGAAACCUCCUACAAUGCUUGUACAAGACUGAUCAAAUGCAUUGAAGUAAUUGCAGAAUUCACUCCCUCAAUACAACUUCAUACGAACAAUAUGGCCCUCGAGGAAUUUAGAGUUAAAACAGAGAAUUUUGUGGGACUCACUUGUACGUGGUACAGCACAGUCUUGGAAGAGAAAGAGGAUAGGCUGAUGCACUGCGCAACGAACAAUAAGACUGUAAUCCUGAACACUGAGGACAGGUCAAUAGAAGCUUCAAUCCAGCUCCCGGCGUCAUUAUUCCACCGCCUGGAUCUCACAGUCGCUCAUCAAUUAAUGAUCUCCAUGUACAGCUCUAAUAACUUUUUACCGCUAAUCUCAGCGCCCCCAAAGAUGGAUAUUACGUCUGGAGUAAUAGGAUGUAAACUAAUAGGCCGACAAGUAGUUAAUUUAACAGAACCUGUGUACAUAAUGUUGAAAAUGCCCCGAUCGUACCAUUUGGGAAUUCGACCCAGACCCGUAGUCUGGGACCUAAAAUCCAACGUUUCAGGUGAAUGGUCUACUGACGGCUGUCAAUUAUCAAAUCUAAUAAACAACCUGAUCGUCUUCCACUGCAAUAGAUUAGGAUACUACGGACUACUUGAAGACACUUCGUACUUCGAUAACUCUCCUCAUAUUUCCAGCGCCAAAUUCCGAUACUCGAAUCCUGCUAUCUACGUUGGAACGUUCGUAGCGAUAAUAUGCUUGACGAUCACAUCAGUGACCUACAUAAUCUGUUAUGCAUCAAUCAUAAUGCCGAAGAGAGCUAAGCACUGCGUCGUCAAUACUUGGAUAUCAAUAAUUCUUCUCUGCUUUUUGUAUACUACUGGAAUUCAGCAGACUGAUUCUAUCAAGAUUUGUCAGGCAGUUGGUUUACUCCUGCAUUAUCUGUCUUUGUGUUCCCUUCUGUGGAUGACGGCGUCAGCCAGCAACAUGUAUAAACGACUGUCCAAAUUAAAUGUCGCUGACGUUCCCGAUGAUGAACUCUCUGAACAACCCAUUCAAAAACCUCUAUUAGGUAUUUAUCUAGUGGGAUGGGGAAUCGCGUUGAUCGUUUGCGGUAUCUCUGGAGCGAUCAAUCUCAAGGACUAUGCAGGAUACUCCUUUUGUUUCCUAUCUUCAAGUCCUGCUCUGACCGGUCUCUUCGUGCCUGCCAUUAUCCUCGUCUUUUAUCUCACAAUUUUCUAUCUUCUCGUUCGAUGCGCAAUCAGAAAUGCAGAUCAUAACAGACAGUUGUCAGAAGGGACUCAAGCAACGGAAAAUAUGGAUUUGGAAUUACUGGAGCCGAAUCAUAAUAGAGUGGAUCAGAGCAGCGUUCACUCAACUCAAACGGUUUCUUCAGAUGUCGAGGAUAUUGAAUACUCUCAAAUUACUCAACUGAAGGGUCACAUUGUGAUUCUCAUCUUGUAUUUGAUUGUUUGGUGUUCAGGAGCUGCAGCAACUGUAAAACCUUUCAGUCUUCAGAUGCCUCAUGAAGAGACGCUUUUCGCUGUAAUUUACGCGACAUCCAGCAGUGCGUUGGGAAUUUUUGUCCUUCUGUUUUAUGGAAUAGCGAGGAAUGAUGUGAGAACUCAGUGGAAUCUCAUGAGGUGUUGGUGGCACAAGAAAAAAAAUCGGUGUUGCAGAUCUCGAAGUGUUACGGAUACGACUCCAGCAUUACCUGCUCAACCUUUGGUCCACAACCUACCAGUUGCAAUUUCGAAUAUUCCAGUUACUCAAGUGAUCAGCGAUACCAAUUCUCUCAAUUCUUUGAGGUUCUCAAGUGUUUCUCGGGCAUGCGAUAUCCAAAAAACCGCUGACAUCGGUGUUAAUUCCGGAAGUAAUAAAGGUCAAAACAUGAACUUGGUGGUUCUGCAUCGUCAGCAAUACCGGUCUAACAAUUCUGUAACCACUUAUACAGAAGCCACACACUCGGCCAGCAUCGAAAUGUUCUACAAUCCACGACAAAGUGGGGUAGCCAGGAAGUUCUUCAAGAAGCAGAGGCGACACACAAAGACGAAUAAUUUAGGCCCCAGAAAGCGGGGAGAUGGCGGAGCAACGAGUGAUGGCGGUAGCUGCAUCUCCGUACCGAGGCCAGCGGCAAGGCUUCACGAAUCAGAAAUAGAAAAGAGUAUCUUUGGUAGCAGUGCUAAAGUCAAUAAUACUAAUCUUCAUGUAGAAUUAAAUCUCAUAAACAUAACGAAUAACAUAAAUAUACUUUCGGACAGUGGUGGGAGUAUAUCAGAAGACAGAACAGUCCCCAUUCGAUACAUUAUAGGUCAGGAGAAUCGCCAGGACUUGAAGAAAAUGAAUAACGAUUACAAACACGUGGCCAGAAAUGACUCGCAAGAGAUACCACUGCCAGAAUCAUCAUUGACUCCCAACGAAUCUGAUGUCGACACCAGAACGGAAGAGGAGAAACGCUUACGCAACGUCUCUCAACAAUGUAGCUUAGAGUACAGCUCUGAUUUAGAUUUAACGAUACAAAUGAUGAGUGAAAGAAGUGACCACAAUCUUUCGGAAUUCGGGGAGAUGCCGGAGCCCCAAGACAAAAUCGUUGAAGGAGAUUUCAACUGCUCAAGCUUCGGUCAAGCGUGCCAAAAUCGUCGGCAGAAGCCGCUCGCAAGAUCACAGUCUAGUAGUUUGUAUUUUCUCUCUGAAGGCACAUUUGACGGUAUCAACCUUCGAAACAGCAGUGCGAGCUCGCUCAAUGAUGUCAGGAGUGCUGACGCAAGUUCAAGGAAUUGUCAAUCUAGAAUAUCCAUUGAUGAUUUACAAAGUGAAGAGAGAUUAAAUGAGCGAAUUAACAAUCGCAGUGAUCAUCCGCACUCUACAAUCAGUGAGAGUAAUUUUAUCAGUGAGAAUGUAUUGUUCCCGGCGAUUAGUCCUAUGGGCAGUGGAUCUUUAAGGGAUGUCAAUCCAAUUUUGGAAAAUGAUACCGGCUUUCCAUUACGCGAGAGUCUCACAGUGACGAAUUCCACCGCAACGAAGGAUUUGACUCAUCAACAGAGUGAUCCCACUGGUAGAAAUUAUUUGACAAAAGAUUUUAACUCCUUGCAUAAUCUCCCGGUAAUUGAUGUGAUUCUUGGAACUACGAGACAUUUAGAUAUUAAUGCUAGUAUUGGCGCGGAUUAUGAGGAUAGCCAUUAUGAGCAUUCUCAACACUUCAGUGAGGACGGAGUUCCCUUGGAUGAUAUGUUACUCGAAAGUAAUUCGGAUAAGAAAGAAACAUGUGUGUAGAAUUCUGUAUUGCGUUUUGAUAGAGCAUUUCAAAGACCCCCAUCGAACAUUCUUACAAUUUAAUAAAACCGUUGAACAGGUGUUUCUUAUUAUCCUACUGUUUAACUUUGCCUCGUUCUCUUUUGUAUUUUUUUAUUGAAUAACUGAUUUAAUAACUGAAAGUAUGGCAGCUCAACUCAAACUUGAUUGACGUUUUACGGAUUGAAAUCACAAGUGCGAGGAAUUUUUGUAUAAAAAUGUUUGAUUCAUUUUGAAUGCCGAUUGAUAUUUGAUGUUGUGUUUUUCGAAAUUCAAUUCUCAAAUUGAGAUUGCUUAUGAUUUGAUAGUUGUUUAAUUAUAAAAUCACCGGAUUCUCUAGAUUUUUACUUUCACUCGGAAGAUUAAUAAUCUUCAAGCAAUAUAAAUAUAUGUUGUAAAUAGAUUAAUUAACAUUAAUAUAGAUCGAUUGUAUAAUUGCAAGAAGCUAUUCAGAGACAUGUCCGGUAUUCAUUAGCAUUUUUUUUGUGUAUUUUUUUGUCUUUAUCGCCGACGUUUUUGUGAGGUCUAGUGGACGCUUAGGAAUGGUCCUCUAAUUAAUAUGCUUAUUGACUUUCAUUAACAUUUUCAUGAAGACUGAGAUUUAUUUCGUAAUUUAGAGACAGCAGAAAGAAAGUUGUAAGAGUAACACACGUUCAUGAAAUCGUCAAGUUUGAAUUUCUGUAUUCUACCCGUUCGGGAAAUGUGCAUCCAGCAUAUGUUCUGUAAAUAGUUUAUACUAUUGCAAUAAAUUUGAAACAAUA